AUGGCCGCCUUAGCCAGCUCCCUGAUCCGGCAGAAACGGGAGAUCCGCGAUCCGGUCGCCAGCCGGCCGGUUUCCACCCAGCGGAAAGUCUGCCCGCGAGGGACCAAAUCCUUAUGCCAGAAACAGCUUUUAAUCCUCAUUUCCAAAGUCCGGCUCUGCGGGGGUAGGAAAGGCCGGCUGGAGAAACCCCCAGAUCCGCAGCUGAAGGGCAUCAUCACCAAACUCUUCUGCCAGCAUGGCUACUACCUGCAAGCGCACCCGGAUGGCAGCAUCGAGGGCACACGGGAAGACGGCAGCGGGUUCACCUUCUUCAAUCUGAUUCCUGUGGGGCUCCGAGUAGUAGCCAUACAGAGUACCACGUCCGGACAAUAUGUCGCCAUGAACACCGAGGGCUACCUCUACAGCUCCGUGA